UUUGAUUCAGUAAUAUAUAUAUUAGAUUUUCACGUAUACUUUGCAACAGUCAAAAAAUACUCUGAAGACAUUUUCACCAUGUCGUCCCAUUCGAAUGAAAAUCAGGAGAAAAUCGACACCGAGAACAACGGGAACCACAAAAGUUCCAACAAAGAUGGAGGCACCAAGUGGUCAUUAGACAUGUUGGCUACGUGCCCACUGGUAUUGAUUCGUUCCGAUCCGAAAUUGCGCACCAUCUAUGACAAGGGUUUCAUGUCCGGUUUUUACGGGCAGAAUUCAAUGCAAUCUACAGCUGUGUCAUUGCCGAGAGAAUCUGAGGAUGCUUCGCUUACGUCACCGUCGGAAGUGGAGGAUGUGAAGAGCUUGGAUACUGUUCAUCCGAUAAAUACCAGUAUGGUUGACGCGAUGGACACGGCUAUAGAGUCAGCAUUGAACAUGGCGUUAAUAAUAUCUGAAACUUCUUCGAUGUUGGCUCUCGUGAUACAGAACAUUGUAUUGCACAAUGGAAGACCAUAACGUCCGUAGCAUAGACAGCCCUAAAAUGAAAUUAUACUUCUGAUUAUA